UUAAGUUAUGUUAUGUCAGUUUUCUGUUGUUAAAAAGUAUCGACUAUCGAUUAAAUUUUGGUCAUUCUCAUUACAUAAAAUGGAAUCCUCGACGUAGUGGAUUAAAUGUAGUUCAAGUUUUCAGUGUAGCAUUACAAAGUGUAAUUCGCAACGACCAUUCCAAAUAAAUUACUUGUCUGAAUCUGUAACAUGACUCUUAAAUAGUAUCCGUUAAGUAUCUAAGAACUAAACAAAAGCCAUGCAAACACUUCUACAUACGCAGAACGCAGGGCUAGUAAUGCAUUGUGCGUUCUUUAUUUGUUGAAAUCAGAAUUUAUAUUUUUAAAAAUCAAAAUGACGGGUUCAUUGAAAGUUCUUAUGUGGAAGCACCUAGUAGUGCGUGCUAGAAGAUUUAUUCAUACUCCAAUCGAAAUAUUAUCGCCAGCGAUAUUAUUUAUAACACUGUUUUCUAUUAAGAAUAACUUAUUAGCUGUUAGGUCCACUUACCAAGAGGAAUUCAAUGUUCACCAAACUCAACCAGUUCACCUAAACUCUGUGAGAGGUCCUGAUUCUAUUUUCUACACACCACAAACUGAUCUUACAAGUCUGCUGAUGAAUAAAGUUGGAGAAAGUCUAACGUAUCAAGAAACAUAUACAAAUGCCAUGAGGAAACCAAAAAUUACACCAGCAUUAAAUAAAGAAGAGUUAUCAAAAUUCUCCAAAGAAAUAGAUGAAUCUGUAGCAUUUGUUUUAUUUCAGAAUAUGUCGGGCACAUGGCCAGAGAAAUUGGAGUACACAAUACGGAUGAAGGAACCUUUCAAUACUUACACAUUUCGUUCCUCUUAUGUUCUGGGUCAACACGAUUAUUAUGGUACCAUCUACGAGCCAUUCAUGAAACUCCAAUGGGCUAUUGAUUCUAACUACUUGGAACUCCUAACUGGCAAUAAAAUAACACAGCGCGUUACCCUGCGAGAGUUUCCGUACGUGACGUCCAAGGAGAACAACAUGGCGAAGACGAUCUGCACGAUUCUGAUGGUGCUGUGCUGGAUCUCUCUGAUGCUGGUCUUCGUGUUCCUCGUGGCGCGACUACUGGAAGAGAGGAUCACCGGCAUACAGGAGCUAAUCAAAAUGGUGGGAGUAUCAGACAGCUUGCUCGGUCUGAGCCACGUGCUGAACGUGGUGCCAGCGGGGCUGGUGUACAGCGUGGUCCCGGCGGUCCUCUUCACGGUCACCUCUCUGCCGCUAUUGCCCAACACUAACCCGCUGCUGGUGUUCAUAGUGCUGGCGCUGCAUUACAUUACUGUUGUGGCGUUAGCCUUUUCGGCCAGCUACAUUAUUAACAGCACUCAAUACACGGAGUCUCUGGCUGUGUUGAGUUACGUGUUGCUGUACAUACCCUGUCCAAUGCUGGAGAACCGCAACCUGUCGAGCUGGAUAUUUCCGCUUUCCGGUCUGCUGCCACACGUACCCUUGCAAUGGUUCUGGAACGAAGUUGCCGCUCUGCAGCAGUAUGGUGUCGGUCUUACUAUUGCCAAUAUUGCGACCAGUCAUAGCCCUAAAAGCGGCUCCGUGCUUGCCUGCUACCUCUGUUUGGUCAUACAGGCCUGCUUAUUCUUCGGUCUCGCGUGGUAUUUGGCGAAGGUGAAGCCGGGUCCGUAUGGACAGUCUCAACCUUGGAAUUUCAUGUGCCAAAAGCAAUAUUGGAGCAAGAAGAAAGUGGUGCCUGAAGAAGAAGAAGAAGAAGAGUUAGAAGAACUCGACGAAGUGAGCAACGAACCGCAGUACUUCGAGCCGCCGCCCAAAGAUAUGGAAGUUGGAAUUAAAAUCAUCAAUGUAUCUAAGAUGUUCGGAAAACAACGCGCCCUCUCUGACGUCACACUGGAUGUGUACAAAGGCGAGAUUACUGUACUCCUUGGUCACAAUGGCGCUGGGAAGACCACGCUUAUGUCUAUUAUAACUGGUAUGCAAAAAGCUUCAGAAGGUGAAGUGUAUGUGGAAGGCCUUAACACGUAUAAACAACGUGACGAAAUGCAAAGGAUACUCGGUCUGUGUCCUCAACACAACUUAUUCUUCCCUGACCUCACUGUGAUGGAACAUGUGAUGUUCUUUACAAUGUUAAAAGGCACAACCUACGCCGAAGCUAAGAAGUCGUCGAUUGCUCUUCUUGAACAAUUGGGAAUAGCUAAUAAAUCUUCUAACAAGAGCAGCCAACUGUCCGGUGGUAUGAAGCGUAGAUUACAACUCGCCUGUGCUCUGGCCGGAGACGCCAAGGUUUUAGUGCUGGAUGAACCCACUUCAGGUCUCGAUGUCGAAACCAGAAGAGAACUGUGGGACCUUUUACUUUCCCUCCGCGGAUCCCGUACGGUGCUGCUGAGCACGCACUUCAUGGAGGAAGCGGAGGCUCUCGGCGACCGCGUGGCGGCGCUGCACUCCGGCCGCCUGCGCUGCCACGCGACCACCAUGCACCUGAAGCGCGCGCUCGGUACCGGAUAUCGACUCACAUUCACCACGAUCGGGAUACCGAACGAGCCAGCCAUCACCGCCACCAUCACGUCAAAGAUACCGGAAGCCACGGUGAAGGAGACCUCGCUCAACUCGAUCUCGUACAACCUCCCCUCAAAGUGCAGUGACAAAUUUCCUAAACUCUUUAGCUUGUUGGAAUCAAAAAGAUCGGCACUCGGUAUUGAUUCUAUCGGAGUGGGAAUUUCGACGCUUGAGGAAGUAUUCUUAAAGUUAUGCAGUGACGUCACCACUUCGUUUUCAGACGAUACUGUCGAUGGACAAACCGAAGAGCCAACGUUUAAAACGAUGUCUGGUGCGCGUCUUUUCUUUCACCAAAUGGCUGCCCUACUAAAGAGACAAGUCAUGUAUCUCUGGUCAAAGAAAUUAUCAUUCUUAACUAUACAAGUACUGAUACCUAUCGCAUUAAUCUUCUGUAUCACAAUCUUCACCAACAACGGCUUUUCGAUAGACAACAGCGCCCUCGAAGACCCGAGUGUGUCAUUAGAUUUAAAUCUCUAUAACGACAUGGCCGACCGCAGAGUCCUGUACAGUGUGAAUGCGACUGGUGUUAACUUGCUGAGUGUUGCGAAAAAGAUCCCGAAGGUGGACUUUGAAAGGACAUCAGAUGUAGCUUCAGCUGUCGUGGACAUCGGUCGAAGAGAUAUAUUGGAGUACAAUAACUACUUAGUCGGAAUUGAACUUAACGAAACAGAUGCCACGGUCCUGUUCACGACAGUGGUGCGUCACGCGGCGCCCGUCGCCCUGAACCUGCUGACCAACACGAUCGCCACGCAACUAUUGCCGUACGCGGACGGACAGACCGUCACCACGUACAACUACCCCGUCCCCUCCUCGCUCACCUACGUGAAACGAGACGACGACCCCAAGGAUCGGUUCGCCACCAUGCUGUGGGCCUUCUGCAUCGUGCUCGUGGCGCAGGCGACGGUGAUCAACGCGGCGUCGCUGGCGUGCGGCGAGCGCGCGGCGGGCGCGCGGCGCGCGCUGCAGCUGGGCGGCGCGGCGCCGGGCGCGCUGUGGGCCGCCGCGCUGCUGGCGCACGCGCUGCUCUACGCGCUGGCGCUGCUGCUGCCCGCGCUGCUGGCCGCCGCCGCGCUCGACCGCGACGCCACCAUCGACCGCCCCGACUUCCUCGGCGCUAUGGCAGUGACCCUGUUCCUGGGCAUCAUAUCGUUCCUGGCCGUUAUCUACAUCGUCAGCUUUAACUUCGAGGAGCACGGCGCUAACAUCGUACAUGUCGCUAUGGUAUUUAUAUUUGGAUUUUUCACGCCCACCGUAAAAACCCUAACGGACACGUUCAGCCACGAAAAGGACUUCGGCGAUUACGUGCUGUCGGCGUUGAGCUACGUGCUGCCGCCACACACGAUGACGGCGUGCGCGCUGCGCGCCGCGCACGUGGCCGCGCACAACCCCGUCCUCGCCGCAGCCAACGUGACAGAAAGAUUGUGCUACUUUUGUAUCGACGACAAUUCUCCUGGGGGACUUAUGAUUGUUAUGUUGGUACAAUUUAUUAUUUACAUGAGUAUAGUGAUCCUAACUGAAUAUGGCUUUUUCAACAUGAUGUUUGACCGAUUAUUGAACUCGAAAUAUCAAGUAUCGUCUCCCGUGGACGCGGACGAGAUGGUGCGCGCCGAGAAAGCGUACGUUGACAAGGCUAUCACUCUACCUAAAAAUCAGAUCCAGGACGCGAUGCUCGUCAACGAUGUACAUAAGAAAUAUUGGCGUCUCUUCGGUAAAUCCUGUAACGCGAUUAAGGGAGUCAGCUUUUCCGUUAAAAAAGGUGAAUGUUUCGGCCUGUUGGGCGUCAACGGUGCUGGUAAAUCAAGUAUGUUCAAGAUGUUGACCGGUAUCGAAUAUCCCACACGUGGAUCGAUAUUUGCUAAUGGUCACUUUAUGACACCAUUUUCUACUAAGUAUUUCCAAUCGCUCGGCUACUGUCCGCAAUUCGCUGGUCUCGACGAUUUCCUCACGGGCUAUGAAAAUUUGAAGCUACUCUUAACAUUGCGAGGACUAGAGCCAGCUGAUGCUGAAAGUGAAGCCAAGGCUUGGAUCGAAAUCGUCGGUCUCGAGAGGCACGGCCACCGGCGCGUGGCGGGCUACUCGGGCGGCUGCGCGCGGCGGCUGGGCGCGGCGGCGGCGCUGUGCGGCGGCGGCGGCGCGGCGCUGCUGGACGAGCCCACGGCCGGCGUGGACGUGGCCGCGCGCCGCCGCGUGUGGGCCGCCGUGCGCCGCGCGCAGCCCGCGCGCGCGCUGCUCGUGUCCUCGCACAGCAUGGACGAGAUGGAGGCGCUGUGCGGGCGGCUGGGCAUCCUGUCGCGCGGGCGGCUGCGCGCGCUGGGCGGCGCGGCGGCGCUGCGCGCGGCGCACGCGGCGGGCCACGCCGUGCUGCUCAGGCUGCGCGCGCGCGCCGCGCGGGCGGACGUGACCGACGGUUCCAAAUCUGAACUGAGUCGUUUGAAAGCGGCUCUUCAGCAGCAAUUCAACUGCACGCUCCGAGACGAACACAAGACGAUGCUGCACUACCACAUCAAUGAUACGAUGAGAUACAGCGAGCUUUUCACGCAAUUGGAAAACCUCAAGGAGAAAUUUUCUCUCUUAGAGGAUUACUCCGUAACUGAGACGACUUUGGAGGAAGUGUUCCUCUCGUUCGCCAAAGAGGAAGUGCAGGACGAACCGACUCCUGUUUAAACGAGAUACGUGGCACAUUUUGUUUUAUUUAUAGGCACAUUGUUAGAAAAUAAAAUGUAAAAUGAAAGCUAUGUAAAUCCUAAGAACAAGUCCUUUAAAUGAAAUUUGAAGAUUUGCAAGUUGUGUUCUGUCAAUUGAACAUUUUAUACAAUAACGGUAUAUAUACGGUGCUUAUAAUUAAUUCUACCAAAUUUUUCAUCAAUAUCAAUGCCUUAAUCGCUAUGAAAUAGACUAGAUUAAGAUAUCGCAUAUAUAUGCGAAUAAUUUUAAUAACUUGGUCAAAAUGAAGUGCUUAAAAUACUGUAUAAAUUCAAAUUAUAUUAUUACAAAAAAAUUAUCACGUUUAUAAACUCAUUUUUGACGAAUUCAACUAUUUUAGUUUUUAGAAGCGAUUUUUAAUUAUUUCAUUUUUUUUUUUGUUUGAUUGUGAAGUAUUUUUUUUUUAGUUGGGGGAGGGAAAUUGUGUUUAUUUUAGUAACGUAAACAGUUACCUCAAUACUAUGUCAUCCUAUAAGAUGUCCUAACGUCUUUGAUAGGUAAAUAUAAGUCAUACUCUGUAUGCAUUACUGAUAUAUUAAAUAUACAGUAUUGUUAAGUCAUUCCGAGACGCAACAUGCGAUUUAAAUUUGAACAAACAGAAUAACGCACUUAUUUUUUUAUAUAUAUUGCACUAUUUAUUUGUGUAUUCAAGCUUAUGAGCUACUAGUGUUAAGAAAAUACAGAAUGUUCGGCUCUUUGGAUAUUGAUUCAAUUAUUAUUUUUUGUUUACACUUACAAUGUCAGUUUUAGCAUUUUUCAUUCGUAAUUCCAAUCCAUCGAUUCAAAUUUUGAACAAUAUACGUCCCUAAAGUUGAAAAUAUUAAUUUAUUACAUAUUUCUCGUUAUAUAAAUAACAGUUAAUUGUAUAUUUUCAUAGAUUUGUUUAUUUGAAAACAGAUUCGCGCUGCAUAUUGAAAAUAACUCGCACUGAAACGCCUUUUAUGAGCCUUUAAUAUAAAACAUUAAUAAAAUGUACGGUAGCAACGUUUAUAAAGUUUAUUAUGUAGCUUGUAAUAUUAUCGUGUCAGUGUUGCUGUGAUAUGUAAGUAUUAAAUAUAAUUAAAGUACGUCACGUAAGUUUGCCGCUCUGAAGUAGGCAGUAGUUGCUUGCGAUGUAGUCAACAUUACGACCGUAAUAAGUUGGUGAUGAUCCACGCGCCUCAGCCACGCGUUUGUUACAAGGCUGUUGCUGCGUGAUCAUUCUGCACGCUCCUAGAGCGGCAAAGUUACAUUACGUAAACUGUGUCGCAGAGUUAUUAUUAAAAUCCAGAUAAAAUAAUUGCGAAGAAUUGAAUCCAUCGCCUUUAUUUCAUACGAUAUAUUUUAUACAAUAUAGUUAGAAGUCUGGGUUUGAAUAAUUAUGUAAGUCGUAAUAUAUAUUUUUGUGAAGAAUUGCGUUUAUUCAAGAACGAAACCUUGAUAAUUGUGAGAGAUAUUAAAAAUAAAAUCUUAUCUAAUUACAAAAUUUAAGCUAAAUCGUUAGAUUCAUUUACAAGAUACAUAUAAUAAAUAUAUACGAGUCGUAAAUAAGAAUUGCUCAUAUAAUAUGAUAAGAUAAGAUGUUCAAGAUAAGUGGACGUAAUCAAAUCCUGCUUCCCCCUUCCAUCUUAAGUCCACGCGAGCUGGUUCUCGAUGUCACCGCCUAACUGUGAUCAAUUCCAUCGCGAACAAAGAAAUUUGGCAAAUCCUUUCUUUGUCGCACUUCCAAAAAAUGGAAUUUCUUACCAGCUUACGUGUUCCCCUCCUCUUACAACCCGGCUUCCUUCAAACGAGGCGUGAAGAGGCAUCUUGCGGGCCGGCAAGGCGAAGGCGGCUAGUGCAGAACGUUUUUCCCGUCUGUACUGGCCGUCGUCGCGUUUGGACUCUACUACCACUUACCAUCAGGUGGAGUAGAGUCAUUUGCCCUCCCGGCGAAUAUAAAAAAAAAAAAAAUCAGUGAGUAAUAUGUACAUGCUGUAUAUUUCAAACCGGCCUCUGAUUGGUCCACUUUUAUUGUCACUUUUGACAUACGACGUAAUUCUCACAAGUAGCUCUCAAAUCGUUCGAUGCAAUCACUCAAGUUAUCUCAAUGCUUGAAGAACUCGCGACUUCUAUUGAUACUUGAACUAAAAUAAUUUAUUUUUAUAUUAUUAUAAAUUUGUAGAGUAAAAUACAGAUUAAACUAAAAUUCAUCAGUGAUAUUGCAUGAAAUUGGGACAAAAUUAUUCGAUAAUAACCUUUUUUUUAUCGUUGGAUAAAUGCGUUACGCGUAUCCCCCACGGGAACAGUGGGGGGGGGGUAUGUGGGGUUCGCCGGUGUCCAAGGCGCCGAGUGCACCCCGACCAUCGGAAUACCAAACUAAUACUAAAAAACCAGCUGUACCAUUUCCGUCUUAACGAGGAGCGCCACGGGAUUGCUUUCGCAUACUACCGUGACGCUCUGACAUUUGAUAAUAACCCUGCGAUAUAUAUAAAACGGCUUCUUCAUUUACCUUGUUAUAGUUAAGUUAUCAGCAUCAUACUACUCACACAUUGACACAAUAUUCACUUUUAUUUGUAUUAUUUACACAUAGGUAUUUUAAUAGGUAAGUAUCAACUACAAACAAGCUUAUAAAUGUUUUCAAAACUUAUAAAAAGUAAGGUACCGUCUUCUACCACUACCUGGUAAGAAAUAGAUUGACUACCACACACUAUCAGUACCAGAUAUGUAUGAGUAUAAUUUUUUUUUUAAUAAAAUGUAUACAAUGAACGUUGAAACCUAAACAAUAUUUUUACUUCUGUAAUAAUUGUAAAUUCCUAACUAACUUGAUUAUAUUUAACUAUUAGAUACUAUAAAAUUAUUUUCAAUUUAUAAUUAAAUCCUAUCAAAAACAUUCAUUAUUAAUUUAUUUAAGUUGUAUCAUUAUGACAAAACAUUAUUAUGUACCUUAUCAAUAUAAUCUAUUGAUUAAGCUGGUUUUUUUUAAUUAUAUUAAGUAUAACCAAAAAGAAAGAUUAAGUAAGUCACAUAUAGACAGAGGCUUAAAAUUAAUUCGUAAUGUUUACUUAAGACUUUCUUAUGUAAAACAAACUAUAUAUAACAUAAUAUAUCAUAUAAUUAUAGUCUCAUUCAUAUGAUAUUGUAUUAUGAUUUAUGAUAUUAUUUACUAUACCUACCUAGUAUUAUUUAUUUACCGUCUGAAUAAUUUUAUGUUAAAAUAUUACUAAGACUUUUUUUUCCAUUGUUUAAUAAUAUUAAAACAAUUAUAUGCAAUUAAUUAAGAUCUGAUAUUGCCUAAGUUUGAUUUUAGCACAUAUAACCUUUUAGUUUAUUUACUUAUUGCAAUGUUAAAUGCAAAUUAAGAAUUUUGGAAUGACGUUUUUUAUUGUACCUACAUUUCCAUUAGCAACAUAUGGCCUUAAGAUCUCAAUUCAUUUCAUAAUUAUUUUCUGUAUAAAAUCUUGUCAUAAAUUUAAAAAACCUUAACAAGUAAAGAAAAGACUGCUAUAUUUAUUGACAAUAGGUAAAUGAUCCAUUAUUCAUUCAAUGUUCAUUAUUCAAUGUAUUGAUAAAAGAUUGAUAAUAAACGAAUUUGUCAACUUUGAUAAUUUAGUUUAAUAUAAAAUUAUUGAUAAAUUUUUAGUACUUAUUUUUCGAUUGCAAACAUUGUGAUUUAAAUUAUAGUGUUAUUAUAAGACUGU